CUUAUUUCGGGUCGGGAUUCGGGGUGGCCCUGUCCCAGGCAGGUUGCUGCCACCCCUCUGCUUCCAGACAUUCUCGGCCGUCAGUGCCCUGCGGCAGAGCACUGGCAUCCAGUAGGCACUGAACCCGACAUUGCCAUGGAUCCAUAUGGAAACUGCAGAACACAGAAGGUGAUUUUGGCCUAUCUGAGGUGACAAGAUCUAUUAUUUGGACUUUUAUUUCUUUUUUUCUCCUUCAGCUGAUAGGGAGUAUGUUGUCACAUAAGCCCUCAAGGCCUGGGAGGAGCCAGGGUGAGGGGUGCAAGGAGCACUGACCGGCGGGCCGAAGACUUGGGGCCGGUCCAGGCCCUGUCGCACACAGCCUUGGGCACCGCACACGUGGCAGAGUAGAACAAGCCUGGAUUCUGGAAUCGGGGGUCUCCUCUUGUCCCCGUUCUGCUGCUGGGGGACAAAGUAUUCCAGCUCUCUCAGCCCCCAUGACAUUUUCUUUUAUCAAGUGAGAGUAAGGGCAUCUCCCUCCCAGGGAAUGGAGGAUCAAAUGCAGCAGGCCAUGGAUUGGGGAGGUGGGGGCCGCACCUGCCAGGCCGGCCACUGCAAGCAAGCACGGAGCCGGGUUCAGGGGAGGUGCUCGCCCUCUCUUGCCUCUCCGAGCCGGAUUCCCUCGGGACUUCUGCGUCCUCAUCUGGAAAAGGAGCGCCUGUAGACGAGCUGCCAUCCAAAGUGAUGUCCUGCGAUCAGAAGGAGCAUGGGUUGGAGACGGUCACUGACCAGAGGGGCCCGUGGAGGCCGAGAAGGCCCCGCUGUGUGACGUCACAGGGAGAACACCUCUCCAGCCUGAUUACCGGCUGCUGUCUUAUCCUGCCGCUCCUUGGCCUGUUUGUGUUCCUCUCAGAAACUGAGGUUGCCAAAGAACAGCCCUUGGAAAGGCAGCACAGGACCCUAUGGAAGAGGUCCUCUCACGGCCGCCACGGCUCCUCCCUCCUCAGGGCUGUGGCCCAGCUGAGGUCCCAGCUCCGGGCCCACCUCCUUCAAGCGCCUCCAGCCCCCAGCCAAAGACCCUCUGCCUGGCGCUGGGUUGGGGGCAUCCUUCUGGGCCCUGUGGUGUGGAGUAAGUGCCCCCGCCUCGGCCUUGUGGCACUGUGUGAGGCGGAAGAGGCCCCUCCUGCCUGCUCCAGACCUCAUGUUGGGGAGUCCCGCUUUAACUGGAAGCUCUUCUGGCAGUUUCUGCGCCCCCACCUGCUGGUCCUGGGGGCAGCCAUCGUGCUGGCGCUGGGUGCGGCCCUGGUGAAUGUGCAGAUCCCCCUGCUUCUGGGCCAGCUGGUGGAGAUCGUGGCCAAGUACACGAGGGAUCACGUGGGGAGCUUCCUGACUGAGUCCCGGCAUCUCAGCACCUACCUGCUCAUCCUCUAUGGCGUUCAGGGGCUGUUGACCUUCGGGUACCUGGUGCUGCUGUCCCGCAUUGGCGAGCGCAUGGCCGUGGACAUGAGGAGGGCCCUCUUCAGCAACCUGCUCCGGCAAGAUAUUGCUUUCUUUGAUGCUAAAAAGACAGGGCAGCUGGUGAGCCGGUUGACAACUGAUGUGCAGGAGUUUAAAUCAUCUUUCAAACUCGUCAUCUCCCAGGGCCUGCGGAGCUGCACCCAGGUGGCCGGCUGCCUGGGGUCCCUGUCCGUGCUGUGCCCCCGCCUCACGCUGCUGCUGCUGCUGGCCACACCCCCCCUCGUGGGAGUCGGCACCCUGAUGGGCUCAGCUCUCCGACAGUUGUCUCGCCAGUGUCAGGAGCAGGUUGCCAGGGCAACGGGCGUAGCGGAUGAGGCCCUGGGCAACAUUCGGACUGUGCGGGCCUUCGCCAUGGAGCACCGAGAAGAGGAACGCUACGGAGCGGAGCUGGAGGAGUCCCGCUGCAAGGCGGAGGAGCUGGGCCGAGGCAUCGCCUUGUUCCAAGGGCUCUCCAACAUCGCCUUCAACUGCAUGGUCUUGGGCACCCUGUUUAUUGGGGGCUCCCUCGUGGCUGGACAGCAGCUGACAGGGGGAGACCUCAUGUCCUUCCUGGUGGCCUCCCAGACGGUGCAGAGGUCCAUGGCCAACCUCUCUGUCCUGUUUGGCCAGGUGGUGCGGGGGCUCAGCGCGGGGGCCCGGGUCUUUGAGUACAUGACUCUGAGCCCGUGCAUCCCACUGUCUGGGGGCUCCUGCGUCCCCCGAGAGCAUCUGCGUGGGGCCAUCACAUUCCACAAUGUCUCCUUCAGUUACCCCUGCCGCCCCGGCUUCCCAGUGCUGCGGGACUUCACCCUCACCCUGCCCCCUGGCAAGAUCGUGGCCCUCGUGGGCCAGUCUGGCGGAGGAAAGACCACCGUGGCUUCCCUGCUCGAGCGCUUCUACGACCCCACGGCGGGUGUAGUGACACUGGAUGGACGGGAUCUGCGUACCCUUGAUCCCUCCUGGCUCCGGGGCCAGGUCAUCGGCUUCAUCAGCCAGGAGCCAGUCCUGUUUGGAACAACAAUCAUGGAGAACAUCCGCUUUGGGAAGCUGGGAGCCACAGAUGAAGAAGUUUAUGCUGCUGCCCGGGAAGCCAGCGCCCACGAGUUCAUCACCAGCUUUCCAGAGGGUUACAACACCCUCGUCGGUGAGCGGGGCGCAACCCUGUCUGGCGGCCAGAAGCAGCGCCUCGCCAUCGCCCGCGCCCUCAUCAAGCAGCCCACGGUGCUGAUCCUGGAUGAGGCGACCAGCGCACUAGACUCGGAGUCCGAGCGGGUGGUGCAGGAGGCCCUGGACCGCGCCAGCGCCGGCCGCACGGUGCUUGUCAUCGCCCACCGGCUCAGCACCGUGCGUGGGGCCCACCACAUCGUUGUCAUGGCCCAUGGCCAAGUCUGUGAGGUGGGGACCCAUGAAGAGCUUCUGAAGAAGGGCGGCCUGUAUGCAGAGCUAAUCCGGAGACAGGCCCUGGAUGCCCCAGCUCCUGAGGUGCCCAGAGGCCCCAGGAACCGCCACCCCAGGUCCUGAGAGCAGCUGUCUGAGGUCUGGUCACUGCUGAGCUUUGGUGCCCAGGGCCGAGGCUCAGCUCCGGGAGCACCCGGGGACCAAGCACCCAGGAUGGCCAGUGUGCCAGGGUGCAGGCUGCUGCUGCCCCCACCUGCUCACAAUGAGCCCUGGGCCUAGCGCUGCAGUGGGGGAGGUUGGGACUGCUCCCAUCCACGCACCCCUCCUUCCGCCAGGCUGCCUCCCUCCUGCAAGAGCCAGGAAUCACUGGACUGCAUAGAGGAGGAGUCAGAGUCCCCAGGCCCCUGCUCUGUUUCCUCCCUCUGCCCAGACCCUCCCGACCCCCCCCUCAGGAACCCUGCCAAGUCUCCCCUCUACCUGAUAGCCUAAAGCUGUGCGGGCCCAGCUCCAGUCAGGCGCAGGGAGUGGGAAUGGGAGUUCACACUAGCUUGGCCCACACCCAUGCCAGGAGCUCACCUUCCUGGACCCUGCCUCCCCACUCCUCUGUCCCCACUGUCUCUCUGAGCCAUGGGAGAAGGAGCCCACCUCUUGGACCAGCCCCUCGAACCCACAGUCCCCAUCCCGAGAACAGCUUCCCUUCCUUCCCCCUACUCCAUUAAGACGGUCCUUUUUCUAGAUUUCAUCCCCAUCCCCUACGCCUCCAUCCAGCAGAACAGGUGGCUUGGGACACUUGCCCCUGGCCCUUGGGAAAGGGGUAGGAGGGGCGGGGCAUGCCAUGGUCUAUUCCACAAGGAGCUUCCAGCUUACCAGGCUGUCGUACCACUGCCCCGGUCCCAUGCACCUGGACUCUGUCACCCAUGAGAUUGUGGGCAGCACCCCCCCCCCCGCUCUGAAGGAGACGAAGGAGAAGCCAACACAUACCCCAAACUCCAGCUGCACGGGUCAUACGGUGCUAACAGUUACCAAAUUGCAAGGGAGAAGUUAAAACUUAGCCCCCAGGCUGACAAAAUACAAAAUCAGCUGGCUUUAUACUGUGGAUUUAUCCAAGGCAAGGCCCUGUUUCCGGGGCGGCCGCGAUGCGUAGGACAAGCAGUCAGCAGUGGCUCGGGUGUGCGGAGCUGGCGCUGAGUCCCUCCAGCCUCUUCCGGGUGUGGUUUAGGACGAGAUGCUACUUUGGGGACAAAGCACCUGAAAUGUCCCAGGGCCGCCGCCCCCCUGGUGUGAUAUCCUGCUUCCUUACCGAGCAGAGGUCACAUGCCAGGGCAGCCACAGGCCAAGAAGCGGAGCGCGGGCUCUGGGGGGCUUUGCCACCGAACACCUCCCGAGUAAUGCAGCCCGGCGCCAGCCUCAGCUCCCUAGCCAAGUCCGCAAGGGCCUGUCUCACCCCUCCUUCAAGGGAGAGGCAGCCGAGGCGAGCUCCUGCUCCGCCAGCUCCAGCCCCAGCUGCCCAGAGAAAAUUCCGGGUCUCUGCUGACCUCUUCAGGGGGCCUCUCCCAAUCCUGCCCCACACACACACAUACCCCGCCCCGCUAGGGAAGUAGUGCGAUCUGUGGGAGCCCGGGGCUGGGAGGCUGUGCGGCCGGCCUCACGCUUGCCUCCCGCCACUAUUCACCACAGGCCACAAGCCUGCAGUACUUCGUCCUGAGAGUGGGGCGCCUGGUGGCGCAGUUGAUUGAGUGUCUGACUCCGGGUUUCAGCUCAGGUCCUGAUCUUGGGGUCCUGGGAUCGAGCCCCACGUCAGGCUCCACACUCAGUGCGGAGUCGGCUUGAGAGUCUUUCCUGCUUCUUCUGCACCUCCCACUCGUGCGCGCAUGCGCACGGGCCCUCUCUUUCCCUAAUAGAUCCUUUAAAAAAUAAGAAAUGGAACAAUCUGUGGUAAAGCACUUCAAACUCAAUGCUACGGCCUCAGAAGGCACGUCUGUACAAUAAACGUAUGUACUUCCUCCUUCCAA